UGGGCCCGAAGCCGAGCUGCGGAGCCGAACGAGAGAUCAGGUUUUUCGAGUCGCUUCGGAUGUGUUGGUGUUUGCGCAGUAGAUAGUGUUGUAUGGGAAGCGAGAUGCUAUAAAGUACCCAUAAAGCAACAACAAUGCACCGUGUUUCUUGCAACAACGCGCCGAAGUUGGUGCUGGGUCGCAGAGUGUCGGGGCCGCUCGUGCAUCUACGUUUCGGCUGUUGUGUAUCGAGCGCUCAAGUCUGUUGUGUGCGCGCAUGAUGACAUUUCGCUUGGCCGUGGUAUGAAAAUCGUUCUCGACGACUUCCUAUCCGUCGCCAUUCGCCACGUUCGGAGCGGCUGCACCUGAAAGCUGAAAAAAGUGAUUUUGGUUUAUGAGGAAGUGAAUUGCGAGAGAUAAUUUGCAGAAUUGCGUUCCUGCGCUGUGUUGUGGAACCGGGAAAGACCUACGACUUCUGGUUACAUCGUUGCGGCACCGACACCCCAUUCCAAAUUGAAGAGCAUCGGCAAAAAGAAAUUACCGAAAAAGAAGUGGACGGGGUCGGGGAAUGAGUGGUCUGAAUUCUUGAAAGACUCCCGAAAACGCCUGUACGCUGAUUAAUUGCUGCGGCAUUUGCAAAUCGGGCAGAAUGCUCAAGUGCUCGGAACGUGUACCCGCCUUUGAACAAUUCGAGAGAUUAUCAAAUGUCUGAAAGCGUCUAGAGCAAAAUUAUAUAAAAAACGACACGUCUUGAUCAGUGAUCGCAAUGGAUUCAUUUUCGCAAAUGUCAAUGGAUAGUGAAGACAGUAUCCCUAAAAAUGUCUACGAAGAAGUUAUUGUGGAUUCUACCAUUCACCCAUUCGAACCAAGUGAUGCUGCCGAUUACCACAACUGUCCUUCGAACAGCAAAUCUAAUGCGCCAGCAUCGGAAAGUGAAGAUGAAACCGAUGACGAUGAAAUGGAAAGUACAUCACGUUCAUCAACAACCCCAUCGCCCUUAAAUAAUACACCAAACAUCAGUAAGGCUGACGGAGCGGAAACAUCAACGCCAUUGCAACCGGAAAAAGGCCAAGCUAAUUCGGCUGAUGAUCAGAAAACGGCGAAUCUUAAACUUGUGCUAAAAAAAUCGCCGGAGUAUCAACUGGUCAAUCCGUCACCAAAUUCAACAAAUAACAAAAUAUUCUUAGUAACGUUGGUGCCAAACGCUAAUGCGUCACCAGUGUAUUCAACUGCCAAAUAUUCAGUUGCAACAAGUGAACCGAAAUCGUCGCUGGUGUCAGUUAAUACAAAAACUGUUCAAAUAAAUGAGUCAGACUCUUUGGAUGGGCAUCAGGAUGAACUUUCUAAGCUUGAAGUAAUGAAGUUGUCCGUUGAUCAAAAACCACUGAAAACUUACGGUAGGUCCUCGACAGCAUUAUUGACAAGCCCUGAAGAAUUGAAAAUUGAAUCAGAAAAAAUUGCUACAAUUUCGACAAAAGACGAGACAGACGUAGACUCGGUAAAGUCGGAAGCCGACGCAAAGCCGAGUACUCCGAAAAUCAAGCGUGAAUUACAGCAACUACAAAAAACAGUGAACGAAUCAAAAAUCUUAUCAGAGUUCAUGAGCGAUAGUAUGGGGAAAGGACGAAAAGCCAGAAAAGUUCCUUUAAAAGGCGGUGAAAGCGAAGGAUCGCCACUUAUGCAUCCAGUGCGGUCUCGAAGUCGAAGUUGUAGUAAAUCGCGGGUCGAUUCACCAACAGAGAGCUUUGAAAAGCUAGGACGGUGGCCAUCGGAAGAGAAAAUUUUGAAACGACAAAAUAUGCGUUCACAAAACAGUGAAUUUGUUCAGAAGCAAAAGAAUUUUCUAAAUAGUAUCCAAGGAGAUGACGGCACUGAUAACUCUGAUGGUGAAACAUCAAUAACUGAUGGAAAAUCAUCGUCACACUCAAAUACGGAUAGUCAACCAAUAAUACCAAAACGUGAGCUGCACACACCACCGAAGCCUGGUUGGGACAUGUUCUGUUUUAAAUGUCAUUCUGGGGAUGAACUGAUGCCAUGUUCCAAAUGCAUUCGUUCUUACCAUGUAAAAUGUGUGAAAAAUGCAGCGCCUUCUAAGGCAAAUACAACUUGGAUGUGUCCAGAAUGUUUGGCAAUUGAAAAUUGUCUUAAGUCAUCAACAAGAUCCAAGGUGAAUAUUUCGCACGAUAAUUUGUCGCAACUGCUGCAGUUUGCUUUGAAACGAAUGCAACAAUCGAAAGGGUUUGAAUAUUUCCUUAGUGACUUCAGCGAAGAUGAUUACCCUGACUAUUCAAAAUACAUUGUCAACUCAGUGACACUAGAUAAGCUGCAGGAUCGCAUUGAAAAAAAAGUGUACAAAUGCACAGAAGAGUUUGCGGUUGAAGCAAAGUGGAUUCUUCAUAAUUGCUCUGUGUAUUUUGGGAAUAAUUCAAAGAUCACAAAUUUCGCGAAAGGUAUUGUUAAAGUAUGUCGACAGGAAGUCACCGAAAUAGAUACAUGUUCCGAAUGCUAUUAUAAUGCAAACACUCGUAAAGACUGGUUUGUAGAAGUUUGCUCAAAGCCACAUAUGUUGUUAUGGGCUAAAUUGAAGGGAUUUCCAUAUUGGCCGGCAAAAUCUAUGGGAAUAAAUGGAGCAUUGGUUAAUGUGAGGUUUUUUGGUGAUCAUGACCGAGCUUAUGUGCCGAUUAAGGAAUGCUUUCUAUAUUCGGAAAAUGACCCUAAUCCGCCGACAAAGCAGAAUAAAAAAACUAUAAAGGAGUGUAUCAAGGAAGUAGAUAUCCAUAUUCGGAAAAUAAUAGCUAAGUUCGGGACAUUCGUAUAUCCACAAUUUCGAACAGUCUAUGAUCCAAGCAAGGAGAUGCAGCAGCUUGAAGCUAUGAUUCCGGGUAUUACAGAUUCUAUAAAUAAUGCGGAGAAGACUUCGAAACCUGCACUUACUUACAAAAUAGUUAAAACAGCGGAUAAUCAUUUGUCAAUUAUUAAGAAGGACAAGGAGAAAACAGGAGAAGUGGCUAAUAUAAAUGCAGUGUCAGCUGCUGAUGCAAACGACGUGACCACAAAUGAUGCUGAUAAAGUCCGAAAGCAAAGGGUACAAUCUACUGAUUCGAGUCAGUCUAAUAAUGAAGUUUCAAGCACCUGUGAAACAAAUGCUGAAAAUACAAUUAAUCCAGAACCUAUUGAAGAAGUUAAAGUUCAAGAAAAGACGGUAGCUCCUAUGAAAAUACAAGAGCGAAUUGACUCGGAAUCGACGACGAAAACAUAUGAAGUUGUUUCGAUGAUAAGUGAUCAAGAGCAAACAAAAGUUAAUUCGGUAAUAUUGAAAAGAAAAUGUGACAAUUGGAAUGCUGUGCCCGCAAUUACAACUAAGAAACAGAAAAUUGCUUCAGAAGCGACUGAAAUGGAAACAGUGUCGCCCAGUGAACCGAAUUCCGAUAAUGGGGCAGAAAAUAAUGCUCAAGUAACUUCGAAUAGUUCCCCACCAAGUCAACCUAUCGUUGCUUCAAUUAAAAGAAAGCGAUCAAGGGAAGAUAUUCUUGUAAAACCACAGAAACCUAAGUUGGAUGAGAACAAGAUACCUCCAUUGGUGCUCCUUACACCUCAAUUUGUCAUUGCUUCCCCGAAUACUACUGUUCCUACUCAGUCUACGGUGGUGUCUUCAAUAUCCGCCCUGCCUAUUGUCACGAGUUUGAACUCGGCUGUGACAGUAACUAUAACACAGUCGCCAGUAGUAACUUGUGCGUCAUCUGUUGAAUCUACUUCGAAUAAACCGCCGGCCACUACUAAUAGUCCAAUAGUGAGUUUCGAGAAUUCGGAAAUAAGCAUCAAACGCUUGCCAAAAAAAUCAGUCCUAACACAGCCGACAGUAUCCAACUCAUCUCAGGCAAUCACGAGUAAAACUAAUGAGAAAGUUACGGAGACCGUAGCAACAGCGUCUGCUAAACUCAAUGAAUCUAUCUCAAAGGGCAAGCCCGUAUCGAAAUCUACUGAGAUGACAAAAUCUAUUGGUCAAGAAACUAACAGUAAAAAUGAACCGAAAAAAGUAUGUGAACUCAUUCCUUUCGAAGAAAUUAAAACAGAAAAACCCGAUUCAAGUGAACCUACCACCGAUUUGGUGGAGGUUCGUUCGAAGACAGCUACACCUGAACAUCCAAUUCCUAGCAAAAGCGGUGAUGGUGAUGCUAACAGUGGCAAUUUGAACUUUCGGCCUGUUGUUGUAAAAACGGAAAUUAUGUCGGAGGAUGAGGAUUUAUCAAAUGCAAGUCGAUCGGAAGAAAAUGGUGACAGUGAGAAUUCAAAUUCAAAUAUGAAAGCGAAUGACCCUGCGAAAGUUGCACCGAAAGUUCCAGUGCCGUCUAAUAUUUCAAAUCAGAAAGGCGGUAAACCUGAGACGAAAAAACAACGGGCGAGGAAAUCAUUUCCUAAUAAAAGCAAUUUUAUUCAUAUACCGCCUGCGGUUAAUGCAAACCCAGCUGCAAUGAAGCGGCCAAUUUUGGCUCAAACAAUGUUGCCGCAAAACAACGGAAUGGUUUAUAUUCCAGUCGACCCAAAAACAUCUUCAGUGUCAAUCCAAAAUGUCACGACGGCAUCAGCAUCGACGAUAGCUACCUCAAAAUUGCUUCCACUGUCGAAUUCCACUGGAUCAACGUCAAGUACUGCUUUGUUAAACAAUAUCGCUGCGGGAAGUACAAGUGCAUCAGUUACGGGACUUUCUUCGACAAUUCUGACAACAUCCUUACAGUUGCCUAUUGUAUAUUCGGCGAUAUCUUUACCGUCGGUAAAUGGUCCACCAGUCUCGGCAAACACUGAACCAAUACAAGUUGCUUGUUCCUUGCCAACGAAUCCGCCUGUUCCCUCAGAGCAACAUAUGCUAUCAGGUUUUGUUACACCUACACUUGCAUCGGCGAUAACUGACGCUAUCGUCAGGGGACCUCCAAAACUUGCACCCCGUCCUGCGGGUCCACUCAGAUCAGAAGGUGACUAUGUAUUCCCUACAGAAGCAGGACCCGUUUCGAAAUUAUUAGCAGAAAACGCGCAUAAGAUGACUGAUUUCUUCCGAUCUGUGAUAGAAGAUACUUUGAGUGAUAUGAGCAAAAGCCAGAAUGCUGAGGCGAAAGUGCGGCUUCUGGAGUUAGAAUUGGAGAAAUUAAAGUACACUCACGAGAAAGAGAUGGCAGAACUUAAACACAAUACAGAUUUGAUGUUAUGUGAAAUGCGUAAAAGUUUGGAAAACGAAAAGGGACGGCUUGUGGCUGAGACGAGAAAACAGUGUGAACUGGAAAGAAUACGAGCAGUUGAAGAGGCGAAAACAAAACAAUGGUGUGCUGCCUGCGGUAAAGAAGCGCAAUUUUAUUGUUGUUGGAACACAUCAUAUUGCGAUUAUCCUUGUCAACAAAAACAUUGGGCACGACACAUGAACACAUGCGCUCAAAAAGACAAUACAGAUGCAAAUGCUCAAAGAGUUGGCGUGAAAAUAUCUCCAUACAAUGUGAAAGAUAAACAAAAUAAGGGGAAAGAACCGGUUGCACCUAAACCUUCGGUGGCAUUCGCUCGAUCUCAAUUCCCAGUGGUACAGAAGAAUACAGUUCCUGCUGCAAUCAAGAGAUUGAUACCCAUGACAACACAAUCGUCACCUCGGUACACAAUUAUAAACAACAACGAGGGUAAUUGGAGUUUACUUCCCCCACAAUUUUCACGCAUGUUGCCAGCAUCCGGUCUAAUAAUGUCGGACGGCAGUAAUAAAUCCAUUCCGGCGCAGUGUUCGGUGAAUAUGAUACGACCUCCAAAAAUGUGAUAAUUUGAAAUUUAAGGAAAAGUAAUGAACCGUAUUUGCACAAGAAUUUCCAUUCACAAUUCUGUACAUAUUAUCAUCAAUCAUCAACAACUAAGAAUAUAGAAAUUAAAUUACUCAAAUGAUUCACAGUAGGUUUAAGUGAAAGAGCAGAUUCUAUUAUGUUGUCCGUUUCCUGUUACUUGGAGUACAUAUAGGAACUACACAUUGCUAAGUAAAUUGUAAUGUAUUUAUCAUUGGAGUUAGUUUUAUUACAGAGAUAUUAUUAAUUUUUUAAGUGAUAAUCCUAAAUAUGCAUCAAUAUAUACAAAUGUGGUAAUCGAGAGGGAUUUGAUGUUUCUUUUAGUUAAGGUAUCUUUGUUUGUGUACAUAUAAAGGAGAAUUAUUAAUUUUAGAAUUGAAAAAAGGAAAUCGAAUGGAA